UGUUCAAAAAACGUCUGGUUGCUAGGUAGACGGAUAACCGCAAAACAAUACUACGGAGGGAUAUGAUGAGAAAAAGGAAGUAAAGUAGCUAGCUAGCUCGCCAGUCAGGGAAGCAUGAGAAGGAAGCGAGAUGGGUGAAAGGCUUUGCUAGGUUGUAUGAUGGAAGGACUGGGAAAGGAGAAUCCAUAUGCAGUUCUAGGCCCUUCCAUGGCUCAGUCAUCCCGGAAAAGAGGCCUCAUCCCGGCUCUGGAAACUCACAGACUGCUUCUCCACCUCCGAGCAGCAAAACACCCCAAGUUACAACACAGACAAACAAAACGAUUACAUGGACAACAGAAAGCCAGUAUUGGCGCUGAAAGAUCUGCCUCCUCCUCCGCAUCAUACCGCUGCCUCCCAGCCCUUCCCCCUCACUCCCCUCCCUCUGCCCCCUCCCUGUCUGCCUCCUCUUCCGCAAGACUCCCUCCAACAACUACCACAACAGGGGGGUAGUCCCAAAGUAAGCGUGUGCACUCACUGUGAGCACUGCAGCACAGACCCAUUAGGUCGGGGUGGUUAUGGGGUUGUUAGUGGUGGAGGUGGCGCUAGUAUUAGUAGUGGUGUCGGUGUCAGCAGUGGUGUCCCACUCUACCUCCCUCCAAGUUCUCAGGAAGCCUCUUUCAGCAGGCUAGGAGCCAGUCAAAUAACGCCAACCACCCUCAACUCACAUCCGCACUUCCCCAGCCUUGGUGGUGGUGGAGGGGAUGCUAGAGCCACGCUACUCCCCUCUGGGAGCUACAAGCUCCACAUCCCCUCUGUAGACACCACGUCCCAGCCCCUGUCCUUUCAGUCUCACUCCCACCUACCAUGCUCCUGCUGUACAGGAGGUCUUCUCAGACCUCUCCACUCGUACCCCUCCAUCCCUUUACCCUACAACGAGUCUAAAUUCAUUACCACCUCCGCCCCCCUCUCUACCCCCCACCAUAGGACUUGUAACCCGGGUACUCCCGCUGGGUAUUACCCCUGUGGUGGUGAUUACAACCCUGCCACUCUGGGGGUCCAGAGAUCAUUGGCAGCACACAGUGACCCCCACAUACCCACCUCGGGACAUAUCUGUUCUUCUAAUGCUAUGCACUUCAAUCUUGAACGCACAGUUUGUCGCACGGGGGCGCACUUCUGCAGGGAUUGUUUGACGAAGCCUGCAGACAAGUUGUGGCCUAACAUUCCUCUGCCCCCGGCCCAGUCGGCCUCAGUGCCCAUCCCCGUGUGUAACGGCUGUGGGACCUCCUCCGACGGCCUGCUACUGCUGGGUUCCAGCAAAUCUGCAACAAAGUAUGGUUCUCCAGAAGGUCCUGAGAACAUCCCUCCGGUGGGUGUUUUCUGGGACAUAGAGAACUGCUGCGUUCGCGGUCGCUCUGCUGCAGCUGUGGUCCAGCGCCUCCGCAGCCACUUCUUCCAGGGCCACAGAGCAGAGUUCAUUUGCGUCUGUGAUAUCAGCAAGGAGAACAAGGCCGUCAUCCAGGAGCUCAACAACUGCCAGGUGACGGUAGCGCACAUUAAUGCUACCGCCAAGAACGCUGCGGACGACAAGCUUCGUCAGAGCCUGCGGCGCUUUGCAGAAACACACACUGCCCCUGCUACUGUGGUGCUAGUCUCCUCCGACGUGAACUUUGCCAGCGAGCUGAGCGACCUCCGGCAUCGCCAUGGUUUCCAGGUGAUCCUGGUCCAUAAGAGCGGUCAGACGUCGGACGCCCUYCUGCAGCACGCCCACCGCCACGUGGCCUUUGAAGAGAUGGUAGCCGACCUGCCGCCCAGACAGGCUGUAAAAUCACAGCCCGGUUUCAACCUGCUCUAUGUGUACAACCUGCCGCCGGGCUGCGACGGCAAGAGCGUGGGCAACCGCCUGCGCCGCCUCUCGGACAACUGCGGGGGCAAGGUGCUGGGCGUCUCCAUGGCCACCGGCACCGCCGUCCUCCGCUUCGGCUCYCAGGAAGCGGCGGAGCGAGCCUGCAAGCGCAUGGAGAACGAGGACGUAUUCGGCCGGCGCAUCACCCUCUCCUUCUCAGCUCCGUCCACUGAGGGCAACGACCCGAUCCCACCACCCUCCUCAUCUGAUACUCCACCUCCGCUUCCAGUUCAACCUCUUCCCUCCUCCACUUUUUCCUUCGUUCCCCUGGAGAAGCUGCACUCCCCUAGGAGGAAAAGGCGUGCGAGGCGUGAGUGUCAGAGAGAGAGGGAAUCCUCGCUCCCCCUCUCCGUUCCGGUGCCUGAGAGGCCCUACAGCCCCAGGAGGGGGAGCGGGGGGACACCUUACCCCGUUCCCCCCCAAACCAGAACCCUUCCUCAGGAGCUAGGUGGACUGGAGACCAAGCCCAAGAUUGGGGCUUCCCCCUGGAGGAAGUCCAGCGCAACUCCUCCCCCCACAGAAACGGAGAGGGCUGUCCAGCAGCACCCUAUCAAGGCCGGCCUCAUAGGAGAGUCUAUGUUCAGCUGGAGGAGGAGGGACCUCUCCAGCCCCCGCAGUGCAUCUGACUCUGAGCGUCAAUGUGACCGAGCUCUGGAGAGUUCCAGGUCAGCACCCCCUCUGCCUUCACCACAGGCCUCCCAAGGCUCCUGGUCCUCACGGAGUGGAUCCCCCUGCAUGUCGAGCCGCUCCUCCCCCCUAAUAGCCCUCCUCCCCGGGGCAGCAGCAGCCCUGUCUGCCCGUGGGCCCCAGGCCUCGGAGCCAUUCUCUCGAGCGGCAGAUUUACAGGUGGCCAACCUGGACUACAGGAUCCGUAAGGAGCUGCAGCAGAGCCUGCACGACGCCUUCUCCAGACACGGACGGGUUAAAGGCGUGGAGCUGAGUCCCCACACAGACUACCAGCUGAAGGCCAGUCAGAUGGUCUCUCUACAGCAGGCCAUCAGUGCUGUGAGCAGCCUGCACCGCUACAAGAUAGGAAGCAAACGCAUCCACGUCUCCCUCAUCACCGGGCGGCAAACAAGUCUCUAGCCAUGCUCCGGUAUGUACAGUACACUAACAUUGAGUAAUUCUCCAGAUGCGCCAGCCAGCUGUCUUCCCCUUUUCAAGUUCACUGAAAUCUACGAGAAAAAAUUUGGUCGUAAGCUGGUGGUGAGCGACCUAUACAGACUACAAGAGGUGGUGGCGGUGAGGGAGCAGGGUGGAGGCAGGCUGGUGUGUCUCCUCCCCAGUAGCCAGGCCAGGCAGAGCCCUCUGGGGUCGUCUCAGUCCCAGGAGGGGUCCUCGGCUAAUGGUAGUCCUGUGGUGUUUGAACAGUUGGAGUACCACGAGCCUGUCUGCAGUUACCACUACACACAGCAGAACUUCAGUGAGGCAGACUUUGACCCAGACUCGUAUAAGAUUCCUUUUGUGGUGGUGUCUCUGAAGACCCUGGCCUCCCAGGUCCACUGUCUGCUACAGUCCCAUGAGGGAACCCUGCCCCUGCUCAGUUUCUCCGAGUGCUAUGCAUCAGAGUUGGGCCCCCUGGCGGUGUCUGAGGAGGGGGAGGAGGAGGGGAGUGUCCCCUUGGAGCACCUCAUCACCUGUAUACCAGGCAUUAACAUCAUCACUGCUCAGAACGUUAAGGUCAUCAAGUGGAUCCACAACAAGCCGCCCGCAUCCAACACAGACCAGUGGACGCAGCGGUGCAAGUCCCCGGUGGGGAACCCCCAGUUGAUCCAGUUCAGUAGAGAGCUCAUUGACCUGAUGAAGGGUCAGCCCUGCAACCUGAUGCCCAUCGGCAAGUUCAUACCUGCCUACCACCACCACUAUGCCAAGCAGUGUAGGGUCUCUGACUACGGAUACUCUAAGCUGCUGGAGCUACUGGAGGCUGUGCCUCACGUACUGCAGAUCCUUGGCAUGGGGACCAAGCGUCUGCUGACCCUGACCCGUGCCCAGGUGAAGAGAUUCACCCAGGACCUCCUCAAACUGCUCAAGUUCCAGGCCAGCAAACAGGUGGCCGUCACGGACUUCAUGCAGGCCUACCAUUGGUGCUUCUCCAGAGACUGGCGGGUGCUGGACUAUGGGAUGUGUGAUCUGAUGGACCUGCUAGCUGAGAUCCCUGACACCACCAUCACCAUCACACACGAGGACUUGGACACUGUCAUCUCUGUACCUAAGAGAGAUCGUACAUCAGAUGAGAUGGAGCGGACCAAGCAGUUUGGUAAGGAGGUGGUGGACCUGCUGCGUCACCAGCCCCACUGUCGYAUGGCCUUCUCCAAGUUCAUCCCUACCUACCACCACCACUUCGGACGCCAGUGCAAACUCGCCUACUACGGCUUCACCAAGCUCAUGGAGCUCUUCGAGGCMAUCCCCGACGUACUCGUGGUGUUGGAGUGUGGAGAGGAGAAGGUGCUGACUCUAACAGAGGUAGAGCGUGUGAAGGCCCUGGCUGCCCAGCUGGUCAAGAUGCUCCGUUCCCAGAGAGACUCCAGCCUGCCUGCUGCCCAGCUACUGUCUGAGUACAGCAAGACCUUCGGCUACGGCCUGAGGCUCCAGGACUACGACGUCUCCUCCCUGCCCGCCCUGCUCGUCAACCUCUGCCACGUCGUCAAGGUGGUGGACGGCGCUAACGGCCGUGAGGUCCAGCUGAUCAACAGGAAGUCUCUGCGCUCGUUAACGUGCCAGCUGCUGUCCCUGCUGAUGGGCCUGGGGCAGCACGAGGGAGAUGGCUCCGUCAGCGUGGAGGGCUUGAGUCUGCUGUAUCAUUCUGUACAUGGGGUACAGCUCAACCCCUGUGAAUACGGCUUCCUCUCGCUCAGCGAGCUGCUGAAGAGCCUGCCUUACCUGGUGGAGCUGUUCUACGGUGAGGGUGAGGAGGAAGGUGAGCGUGGCGAGGAGAGAGUUAGACUAACCCGUCUGUACCAGUUUGCCCGUAGGGUGCGUGCCCUGCUCCACACCUACCACUACCACCAGAUCUUCCURACGGAGUUCCCCGGGGCCUACGCCAAGUUCACCGGACGCGGCCUCCAACCUCGCUCCUACGGCUACGGCAGCGUAGACGACCUGCUCAACGCCAUACCACAGGUAGUGUGGAUCAAAGGACAUGGCCACAAGAGGAUUAUCGUUUUGAAGAACGAUAUGAAAGCAGCACGAGCCACUGGAGCCAGCCCUGCAGACUCAGAGGAGCCUGAGGACGGGGCCAGCCAGAGAGACAGCCCCUGUAGCAACACAGAGUCUGGAACUCACAGCCCAGGUGUUGGUGGGGUGGAGACAGAGCUGCUGUGUCUGACUUCUCCAGUAGACCUGCUGUGUGGCCCAGUACCCUCCUGCCUGCCCUCUCCAGCUGCACCUGACCCGUUCUCCAACAGGCUGACCUCAUCCGUUUCGAGCAGACGCCAUCACCAGCAGAGUGUGAUAAACCUGAGGAGCGGUAGAAGCAGCAGCUCCUGCUGUCUGUGACACAUCUGAGCCUAUAGAACCACUAACUGACAAAACCAGAAUGUUGUUGUUUUGGUUUCCACGACUACCCGCAAAAUGGCGUCCGUUGAAAACAGCCCAGCAAAGAGGCUCCUCGCAAUAAAGUGAAGCUGGCAGCUAACUUCUCUUUUACAGCUGCCCCCUAAGACUCUCACUGAAAUCACAUGCUGGAACAAGCACACACUCGCACAUACUCACACACACACACACACACACAACUUCAUCACACACAACUCGAAAAUGAAGAGUUGAUCGGCCUAAAUUGUAAAAAGCCCAAAAAUAAUGAUUUUGUUUUUAGUCAUGCCCCCGCAACAAACUGUGACUUAUUUCUUUAUUGCCUUUCCCCCUUAUCUUUUCAAACUCAAUCAUCAUGUUGAUGUAGGUGUUUCUUCACAAAGCCAUGAGUUUUCUUGUUGCAGUUAUUUCUCAACAGCAUUCAUUUUCAAAGCCGUGUACUUUUGUCAGAUUAAUGCAUGUCCAGAAAGGUUUUGUGGUAGAUAUUAAUUAUAUACUAUGGAUAAGCUGUUUGGAAACAUGAUUCUCUGAAAGUGGAAAGAGAACUUCCCACAUUGGACAAUACAGCAACAACAAAUGCUGAGGUAUUGGCACUGUAGCCAGAGUUUACACUGCAAAUCGCUAAAGAUGCCUAUUUUACCACUGAGUACCCUUACCUGAACUCAAAACCCCUCAGAGAUUUAAUAUAGUAACUUGUUUAAAAAUGGGAACUUAUACAGGGAUUUUAUAUCAUGUUAAUUAUUGUCAAGGAAGCUCUGAGGGAAAGCUAUAUAAAUAUGGAGAGAAACGUCAUUAUUUUGAUACUGCCUUGCUUUGUUUCAAGAAAGGAACCGUAAAGUGUUAUUGCCCUCUCCGCUGUGUUGUCCCCAUUGCAUUUUGUCAUCGGACAAAUGCACUUCUUCAUACAGCUAGAAGGAAAAAAAUAUAUAUUUGAGCUUUGCCGUUGAGGCAGCUUUGGAGGUAGUAUUGACAAUUAUCGUUAUUGAGUAACCAUGCCCAUCUCAUUCUUUUAACUCUUUCUCUUGGGCAAUGUUUAGCAUUGUGUUCAGUUCAACUCCGGUGUUAGAGCCUCAGACAUCAUUCCACCUUGACUAUGUUCUUUCAUAAAGUAGUAGCCUAUAUGGCUGGUGUUUUCAGUUUCUUCAGUUAAGUAUCGAGUCAAUGGCAGGAGUGAUCAAACUGCCAAAAUGGCUUCGAAGUAACUUUGACGGCAGUCUGGUCUCAGGUCCCAAAUCGAUCUAAGCUUGUAUCUGUGUGUUCUCAAUGGGGUGUCGCGAUCAGCGCUGUCUCCAAUGUGUACGACAGUGUGAAAGAGAAGGAAUUCUGACUCCUCAGUGAAGAGUUUUGAACGAGCUCUUGGUGAGGUCGAGGGCCAGUGGGMCGUUAUUUAGGCAAGGCAGAAGCCGAGACCCUGAAUACUCGGACCAAGUGUUUAAAAGCUUGGAGGCAGCGUGAACAAAGAUAUGKUGACACUGUUUCCUGCCGGAAGCUAAGUAGAAACUAUUUCUGUUUUUGUAUUUUUUAGAGAUUGAGUGCGGUUUACACUUGAAUAACUUAUAGGUGGUGUGUAAUAUGCAUGUUGUGCAUACAAAAACAACAUUUUAUGCAUGGUGUAAACCUAUUAGAUCAGAAAUCAGACUGUUGGUGAACUGCAUUUUUUUAAAAGAAAUUAGUUGAAGUUGUCUUGUUUCCGCAGAAACCAUAUAUUAGAGGUAUUGUUUACAUCACCCCCCCCCCCACUCCUGGUUACCGUUUACAUCACCCCUCCCCCUCACUCCUGGUUACUGUGGAAACGCCCAAGGUUGUUUUUGUUCAACCUUGUUGCUUUUUGUCUACAUUUUCAGUGUUGUCUCUACUGGUUGAGUAGAGGAGCUGGGAUGUUUGAUUUUUAAAACAAUGAGAUCGACUUGGUGUUUUUAGUMAAAGUGGAGAGAAAAGAUGGGCACUUGUGUGCUCCAGCUACACAUGAAACAGCAAGAGGGGCCCCUGGAGGCCCCCGAUAGGAUCAAAGGGACAAAGGCCCUCGUGCGGCUCUGRACAACGCCUGGCUCUUACAAUGGCUUGUAUCUGCCAUGGCGCUUAGUAAGGGAUGGCUACUGAAUGGACUGGAGACAUACCAUACCUCAUUUGUCUUUACAUUUAAUUUUUACUUUGAUUGUCUAUAGAUAAAUGUUUUUGUUGUUGCCUAUCCUACGUGUUGAUGAGAGUGCUGAUUGUACUAACCAACCCCAAGUUAUGACAUUGAGUUCCUACCUACAAGCAUGGUUUGGAAAGUAGAAGGCAUGACUUGAUGUAAGGGAAAACAGCAUCCCUAUGAACGGAUGUUGAAAAAUGCAGUUUCUCUCUUGUGCUGCUACUGUGUUGAAGCUGCAGAAAAGACCGGAGAAUUGGACCAGGGCCCCUGGUGUCCAUCUCCUUUGAUCCAAAAUGUCUUCCUUCUGUCAGUGUUACUGUAUGUGUUGGAGAUUCAGUUGAAGACCAGAGAAUUGGGCCAGAGCCCAUGAUGGUGAUCUCCUUGCCAAGAGCCAAUAUGGCUGCUCAGAUUCCUGUCCAGUUAGUGUUUUUCCUGUUGACUGUGUUUCAAAUUGGCAUCUAAUUUGAUUCUCCUCGUUAGUUACUAGACUUUUGUGUUUUGAAGCCCAAGAUCUCCUUCCUGUUUCUAAUUACAUGACUCACUCGGUAAAGGAGGUGGAUUUCCCAGAAUCUUGAGCGAUUUCCAAUACGGUAUAUUGAGGGAUAAUGGCUUAAAGGCUCAGAAUCUUCCGAAAGUGUUAGACCCAGUUUGAACAAUGGGCAGAAUCUUAUUUCUCUUUAACAAAGGGACAAUCGGCACAAAAGUUGCCUUAAAAUUGUGCACUAAAAUUAAAUGAUACUUUAGUUUGGCCUCGAAGAUACAACUGCGUUUUACGUCAGAACUACCUCCCAGGUGCUACAGUGUCCACUAUCUCAGGGGCAGAGUUAAAUAAGAGGUACAAUUCUCAUAAGUUUGCUUACAUCAGUAAAAAGCAGCGUGUACUGGUAAGUACUCCGUAUGCACCUUUGCAUAGCUUUGGUUCUUGUAGAAGGAGGUUUAUUGUGGGUUUGUUCAUUUCUGAGGUGAAAAAAGAAUUGUUUUGUCGUUGGUUAAUUUGUAUCGGACUCCACUAUAGUGCGAUUUAAUUGUAUCUCGAAGUGAGUAUCAUGGUCUGCGUCUGAAACGGCAGCAUAUUCCCUAUAUAGUGCACUACUUAAUAUGAACUCUGGUCAAAAGUAGUGCACUAUAUAGGGAAUAGGGUGCUAUUUUGGUACUACCAUGUCUGUCAAUGUUUGUUUGCACUUCUCUUACAGUCUCUCUGUUGUACUCCCAUGGAACUCACCCCUCCAGUUUUUCAUCAUCAAGGUUAUCCUUUGUGAUCAUUUUUCUGUUCUGUAUUUGUUUCACUGAAGUAUUCUAUGUUCCUUCUCCCUGUUCACCCCUCACCUCACCUCAACCAUACACAUACAAGAUGUUGUUGUAACCGUUUCAUUGAUGUUGAGGGACCAAAUGAUUUCUGUUGAAUAAAUCACUCAAG